GUAGCGAAACAGCAUCACUUGCUUCAGAGGGAACCGACUGUCCAGUAAUUUUUAGAACUAAACUCCAGCACACCACAAAUCAAGAUGCCGUCAUACAAGCUGAACUAUUUUAACAUCCAAGGGCGGGCCGAGAUAUCCCGUCUCUGCUUCGUGGUCGCCGGUGUCCCCUUUGAAGACCGAAGGGUAGAUGGUGCGGACUGGCCUGCCCUUAAACCAACGAUGCCCAAUGGCGCUAUGCCAGUCUUGGAAGUCGACGGUAAAAUGCUGCCCGAGACGAGAGCAAUUCAGGGAUAUCUCGGGAGGGAAUUCGAUUUGAUAGGAGCCGAUAGCUGGGAGACAGCACUAGUCGAUGUCGUGGGAGAAAUGUUAGACGAUCUCAUGAAACCACUCGUCGAAAAAGUUAUUUUCGAAAAGGACGAAGCCAAAAAGGCUGAAAGUGCCAAGGCAUAUUUCGAAGAGAAGGGACCGCUCAUGUUGGGACGGCUUGAAAAGAGGUUGGAAUCGAACCAAGGCGGCGAUGGAUUUUUUGUUGGCAAGAAGAUCUCUGUUGCUGACAUUGCAUUCUAUACUUGUAUGGACCACAUGUUGAAACUUCAACCGACGGUCCUAGACAAGUACCCGAAGCUGAAAGCUCUCAGAGGUCGAUUUGCUGCUGAAAAGAACGUAGCCACAUACCUUGAAAAACGCCCCCAAUCAGACAUGUAGAUUGUGACGUCAUAACAAUUGAGAGGGGACUUGACACUAGGUGGCAGCAGACUUACCGGGUAAUUCAUUAAUGUUCUUGAUAAAGUGUGCAUUGUUCAGAACUAUGGAAAUUUACCUCUGGUAAAUCUGCUGUCACUAGCGUUUCAAAGUCUCCAGUUCCUUUAAUAAAAUGACAACAAAACAUUCAUUUUUUUAUCUGAGCAGAGUCGCGUUUAUAUAUUAUUGCUCUAUGGUUUUAUUAUACUCAAAUGUAUAAAGGGCCCGAUGUGGCGUAUUUUAUUUUUUUCCAGGACGAACGUGGGCACAUGAUUACCCAACGUUCGUCCUGUUUUGUUUUCCAGUACGAACGUAUGCAGAUGUUUACCCACGCCCCACCUUGUGGAUAGGGUCACUUGGGGCUGACCCGAGGUGCACUGACGUCACGACGAGAAGGCUCACGUGAUGAUGCGUCUGUUUGUUUUUUGCCAGGUGGGGCGUGGGUAAACAUCUGCACACAAUCGUACUGGAAAACAAAAUAGGCGACUUUUCCAGGACGAACGUUGGGUAAUUAUGUGCCCACGUUCGUCCUGGAAAAAAAAUCAAAUACGCCACAUCGGGGUCGACCCAGGGAAGCUAAUCGAAUCAUAUGAUCGAAUGCACCCUGUAUUUACAAACUUCUUCUGCAUGGUAGCGCCCUCUGUUGAAGCAUCCUUAUACAGGCUAUGUUAAUUUCCCAUUGUGGGACCGAAUCUCCGGCGGACAGAAUUCCCUGGGACACCGGGGCUCCACUACAGAAGGCCAGUCCUUCUCGGGACGUCAACUCCAUUCAAGUUGUAUUGUAUUGUAUUAAUGUGUUGUACAUUUUGUAUUGACAAUUAUUCAUUAAAUAUCUGUACUUAUGAAUGUAUGAAUGGAAA